GGGGGGCGGCGGAGGAUGGCGGAGCCGCGCCGGGUGCCGUUCAUUAGCCUGUCACCCGUGAGGCGCCGCGAGGCCGAGAGUCCGGCGCUGGAGCGGGAGCCGGGGGGCCGCGAGCCGGAGCCGCCGCCGGCGGGCCGCGAGGUGCCACUGACGGAGCCGCCGCCGCCGGCGCCCCGGGAGAGCGCCGCCCGCCUGGAGCCGCCCCGCGAGCCCGGCCGGCCCGAGCAGCCGCCGCAGCGGGAACCCCCCCGGCCCGAGCCGCCGCCGCCGCGCCAGGGCAGCCGGCAGGAGCCGCCGCCGCCGCAGGAGGCGCUCCCGCUCCGCCAGACGGUCCGCCUGGAGGUGGUGCUGAAGGACCCCACCGAGGAGGGCUGCGUGGAGUUCAGCUACCCGGAGCUGCUGCUCUGCAGGGAGGCGCGGAAGAAAUCUGUUCACUCAGAAGAUCCUUUCAACGAUGAACAACGUGAGCGGCACGAAGUGGAAGCACUAGCCAAGAAGUUCGAGGCAAAAUAUAGUGGAAAGCCCCACAAACAUCGGAAGGAUCGCCUGCAGGAUCUCAUUGAUAUAGGUUACGGCUAUGAUGAAACAGACCCUUUCAUUGAUAAUUCUGAAGCAUACGAUGAAUUGGUUCCUGCAUCCCUGACAACCAAAUACGGAGGGUUUUAUAUCAACACUGGUACCCUGCAGUUCCGCCAGGCAUCCGACUCAGAGGAUGAUGACUUUGCAGAGGACAAAAAGCAUAGGCCACCAAAAAUAGCAAAGUUAAAAGAAAGUGAAGAUCGUGGAAUGAAGAAGCGCAAGCGGAAAGAUGAAGGGAUGGAAAAGGAGAAGAAGCCUCGGAAAAUGAAAGUUCCUAAGCAGUUGGGAGUAAUGGCCUUAAAUUCACACAAGUCUGAAAAGAAGAAAAAGAAAUUUUAUAAAGACUCGCUCUCUCUGGCUGCCAUGAUCCGUAAAUUUCAAAAGGAGAAGGAAGCCAUGAGGAAGAAGGAAUCUAGUCCAAAACCUCCAGUGACUAUUGCGACCUCUACCCCUAGUAAAAUUCCUUCUUCCUCUCUCAGUGCAGGAAAUGAUAUCUCUGACUUGAAUCUUAAGAUCAGCGAUCCUGUCCUCUCCAUUUUUGGUAGCACAAAUGAACGUGAUCUCCUGCAAGAAACUGAAAGUGCCCUGGAGAUGUUGGGAGACAUUGACUUUGACAAGUUGCUUGAUGGCACUUCUGAUGGCAGCCCAGUAUCUGAGCUGUCAGGAGAAAAUGGAAAUGUCACUCAUGCAACCUACACCUCUCAGGUCAUGACACCCAAGCAGGUGCCUGCCCUCCCAGAAGGUCUGCCUAUGCUACUUGAAAAGCGCAUUGGAGAUCUUCGAACAGCUGCCAAGAUGUUUGAUGAGGAAGGCAGGAAGAAGUUUUUCACACAAGACAUGAAUAAUAUUCUGCUGGAUAUUGAGCUACAGUUACAGGAGAUAAAUCCUGCCAUCCGCAAUGGAGUGUACUCUCACCUUGAGGCUUUUGUGCCAUGCAAUAAGGACACACUGAUAAAGCGUCUGAAGAAGUUACACCUCAAUGUCCAGGAUGACCGCUUGAGAGAACCACUGCAGAAGUUGAAACUAGCUGUCAGUAACGUCAUGCCUGAACAGUUAUGCAAAUAUCAAGAGGAUUGUCAGGCCCGUAACCUAGCUAAGAAUGCCAAGUUGCAAACAGAAGAUGAACGAGAGAAAAAUGGAUCAGAGGAAGAUGAUGAUGAGAAACCUGGGAAGAGGGUUGUGGGGCCCAGAAAGAAGUUUCAUUGGGAUGACACAGUAAGAUCUUUGUUGUGUAAUCUUGUCAAGAUCAAGCUAGGAUGCUAUGAGCUAGAGCCAAACAGAAGUCAGUCUGCUGAAGAUUACCUCAAAACCUUUAUGGAAACAGAAGUGAAACCACUUUGGCCUAAAGGCUGGAUGCAGGCAAGGAUGCUUUUUAAGGAAAGCCGGAGUGUUCACAAUCAUCUCACUUCUGCUCCGGCAAAGAAGAAAGUGAUUCUGGCACCUAAAGCCAAAGUGAAGGACUCUAGUCCAAAGAAAGAACAGAAAACCUGUAUAUCUUCAGUUAAUUCAAGUUGUGUUACUGCAUUGAGUGCCGGUGCACCUGUCUGCACCCCAUCCAGCUCUAGCUGCACACCAGCUCCAGAGACUAUCUGCUUGGACGACUCACUGGAUGAAGACCUUUCUUUCCACCCGCCCUCACUGGACUCUAUUUCUGAUGCUCUUGCAGUUAUCAAUAAUGGUGCCAAGGGAUCUCCUCUUGGGUCUGCUAUAGAGACACCAACAUCUAGACCUCGCCCUGGGCUGAGGGAAGAGAAACUGGCAAGCAUUAUGAGUAAGUUGCCUUUGGCAACUUCUAAGAAAGUAGAGCCCGCUCAGACACCCCACUCAUCAAGUCUUAUUGCUGGUCACACAGGGCCAGUACCAAAGAAACCCCAGGACUUAGUUCACACUGGUAUUUCUUCAGGCCUUAUUGCUGGAUCUUCAAUUCAAAAUCCUAAAGUUUCCUUAGAGCCUUUGCCAGCCAAGCUACUUCAGCAAGGACUACAGAGGUCAAGCCAGAUCCAAGCUGCUGCUGCUUCUUCACAGACUCAUGUUUCUUCCUCUAAAACCCAAGCAGCUAUUUCUACCACCUCUCAAAGACCCAAGGAUGCUAACAUCUUGGUAUCAUCUUCUGAAGUUCAGGGUGGUUCUUCAGCAUCACAGAUGACAAAGGUGCACCAGCAUUCAGCUGUACAGCAGAAAUAUGUAUCUCCUUUACAAGCAACUAUUAGUAAAUCACAGACCAAUCCAGUGGUGAAGUUGAGCAGUAAUCCCAAACUGUCUUGCUCAUCGCCAGUCAUCAAAGCUCAAGAGAAGUCUGUAGUGUAUCGCCUGCCUUUGUCUAAUCCCUCAUCUGGAAGUGGCUCUCAAGUAUCUCACCCACUGGUUUCUCGGACAACAUCCAGCACCUCUACCUCUAGUAACUAUUUAGCCAAGGCUAUGGUGUCGCAGGUUUCUUCCCAGGGUUUCAAGCCUCCCUUCUCCAUGGCUGCCUCUCCCAAACCUGCUGCCUCUCCCAAGCCCACUGCAUCAAAGCCCUCUGUGACACCUAAGCCCAAUGCAUCCCCUAAGUUUUCAUCUAAGUCCACCUCAUCCCCCAGGCCUGCAGCAACACCCAGUUCUUCCAGUUCAAGUGCACUAGUUUCCCAGAGUAGUCACUCCAGCAACACUCCCCUACAUAAACAGACCAGUGGUGUAAAUAUCAGCAGGCAGUCUCCCACAAUGAAUUUGCUGCCCUCUAAUCGCACCUCAGGCCUUCAGCCUGCAAAGAACCCUCAGGCUUCUUCAAAAUUACCCAACUCUUCUCCUUCUGGAACUGUUGGUAAAACUAAUUUGGGUGGAGUUGGAAUGAAUGUACCUGCCAGCAGAGGCAGUAACCUUAACUCAAGUGGAGCUAGUAGGACUAGUCUGUCUGGGGGAGCAGGAAGUGGAACACAGGGUGCUACUAAACAAUUGUCAACUCCACACAGACCAUCUUCUGCCUCAGGGUCUCCAGUUGUAGCAGCCAGUGUGCAGUCAACAGCAGGAGCAUCAUUACUGGCUAACGCCUCACCUCUGACUCUCAUGGCAUCACCCCUGUCUGUAACCAGUCAGAACGUGACAUCUGCACCAUUAACUCCUUUUGGGAUGCUGGGUGGCCUUGUUCCUGUGACUGUGCCCUUCCAGUUUCCCUUGGAGCUGCUUGGCUUUGGGACGGACACAGCUGGAGUGACAACCACCUCGGGAUCUACCUCAGCGGCUUUCCACCACAGCCUAACUCAAAACUUACUGAAGGGUUUACAGCCAGGUGCUCAGCACGCAGCAGCGUUAUCUCACUCACCUCUGCCUGCUCACUUGCAGCAAGCUUACACAGAUGGAGGCCAAAGUAAAGGGGACACUAAGUUACAGCGGAAAAACCAGUGACUUCUGGACAAGCAAGGGAGCUGAAGCAGUUCUGGUUGGCUGACAGAAUCUGCCCAGUUGGGGAAGUGCUUAUUUGUCACAGGGCUGCUGUUUCUGUCGAUGUUUACAUAUUCUGAUCCCAAGCACUGUGGUGAGAGGAAGAAGAAAAAGAAAACAAUACUUGAUCAAAGAGAGAAGGAAAAAGGGAGGACUGGUCCUCCUCCUGGUCAUGCAGACUGGUCAUAGUUUGAUCUCGCCUAAAGAAACAAACUUUUUUUCAUUGUUCUGAUUGGCUUUUAAAAGAAAUUGAUUGUCAAACCCACAGCAGCACAAACUUUUUUUUUUUCUGGGUAAUCUUCAAUAAAGAGUUAAAAUAAUGAGAGGAGCUAGAAUAGGUUUCUCCAUCUAUUGCAUGAGGUGAAGUCAUCUACUUUAUUAGUUCCUGAAGUGCCCGGUAUAAGAUUAUAUGUAGGUCCUGAGUGUACCAUAUGGCUUUGGGCCAAAGGUUGUGUAGGGUAGAGGUGGUGCUGGGAUACUUUGCAUUGUAUUUAAAAACUUACAGAAAUGCAGGUUCUGAUGUGGGCAUUCUUCCAGCUUUACAAGGUUGUUUGGCUAUAGAGAGCCUACAUUAAUCUCAAGGAGCUGUCUUCAAAAACAGAUCUCCUGGUACAUGAGAUGUGAGAGACUACUAGGAAAGCAUUUGAUCCUUGCUUUUUUUUUUCUUUUUUUAACAUAAUGAUUCUUACUCAAGGGAGGAAAGAUGUUUGGAAAUUUUUCAUCUUAAAGAAAAGGAAAAGCCACAUAUUGUUGGUCAGGCUAGCGUUUCUUUCCUACAUCUGUUUUUUUUAAAGGCAUUCUAUGAUUAUUUUUUUUUCUGUCUCUCCGUUAACCUUUCUUUUCCUUUCCCUUUUGUUUAUCCUACUAAAAUUAAGUAGUGUUCUAUCGCAUCUUUUAUGAAACAUUUUAAAUCUUUCUCAUCUUUUGUGCAACUGCUCCCAAAAGCCAUGCAUUAUCAUGAUUUGCUAGUAAAGGAAAGCGGGAUGUGACUUACUCCAGAGCCAGGUUGAUAUUGCUUCAGGCAUUAGCCAAAGAGGAGUCGUUCAAGAGCGACCAGAGGUGCCUUCUCUUCCGGGGGCUGAUUGGGUUGCCUCCAGCAUUUCUAGCCCCUGCUGGCCUGAAGUUUCCAACCUGAACUCUUCCUUACAUGGUAGCACAAGACGGCAAAGCUGGCUUUUUUUUUUUUUCUUUAAUAGCAAUACAUGGACUGGUUCAUUUGUAAGGUUAGGAGGUAUCCAGCACAUGUUGCACUUUUGCCACUAGAACAGAACUAUGCUGUUGAGUCCCUUGUGCUGUCAGAUGAAAGGUGAGAAUAGCAGAAACUAAAAUAAACCAUAAUAAGAAAGAAGCAUCUAAAAUGGCAUUAUGUCCUUCUCCUUCAACCCUGAAACAUUCCUUUGAUCAGAGAUGCUGAAAUUCUUAAUACCUAGUCUUUCCAGUAGUUUGAGGUGAGUUUGAGCCAGUGACUACAGGUUGUCUCACCUUCCAGAGAUACUUUGACUCACAGAUAAGGAAUCUUCAGUGUUUUUUGCUAGAUUAACUUAUAGCUUUCAGGUUACUUUUACAUGUGACUUAUUUUUCUUAGACCAGAGAACAAUUUCUUUUCUAUUUAGAGCUCAUUUUAAUUUUAUAUAAAAAUAUAUAUAUACAUGAAUCUAAAAUAAUAUAUAUUGUGUAUUUAGUAUAAAAAUGUUGGGUUGAGCUCAGCAAUAAAUGUUUUUGCACAACACUUCUGUGAAAGACACAUUGAAUUAAAAUAAGAUACAUUAGUUCUUGAAUUUCACUCAGUAGCGUCAGCCAAUUAGAUGCUUUUUAGCUAAUGUUAAUGUUUUGUAUGUGGCAUGUUGAUUAGAUGAGCUUGCAUCUCAGUCAGGGUUAUUUAGAGUUGAAACAUACAGCUACAUAGACUCUUGCAUUCCUAAUAAUGUGCGUAUUCUGUUGAACAUUAAAUCCCACAAGCUAUCUAGAGUGCAACUUUAUCUGAUUUUCUUUCUCUUCUCCAGGAAGGGUUGAAGGAAGAGAAGUUUUUGGAAGCCUAACAAUGUUAAUUCUCUGAAUUCUGUCAAACCUGAUACAUUUUUAAUAAUGCAAGUAGCUAAGGGAGUUGCAGCAGUGAGCCAUCAAGCAGCAAUAUAUUAAAAACAAAUAAAACACCAUCACAGCAACAAACCACACUAAAAACCAAAAAAACAACCAAACAAAAAAAAAACAAAACUACCAAACAACCCUGUCCUAAGAGUUCUACCUCUUCUGUGUUUUCUUCAUCAAGGCAUCUCAUUCAAAUUGGCAUCUUUUGUCUUCGUAGUUGCUUCAUGAAAUUUUCGACUGGGAGACUUAUAAUAACAGCACAAAUUUCCUUUCAACAUCCCUCUCUUCCUGGAAGUGUGCCUCGCCUUCAGUUGAGGGGUAUCUACUCCAAAUCUGGAGGCUAGGAAGUGAUCCUGUCUGUGUGGCCUGUUGAGUCUUGAGGAAUGAGCGAACUGGUGAAAAUAGGUAGGAAGGUGGCAAGCAUGAAGAUGACCAUUCAUUCUUCCUGAAGCACGUUCAGACAGCCCACUGGAGGCUAGCUGUUUUCAGUUGUUAUAUUCCUGAGCUGCUUGGGGUCAGCAGCAUAAUGAUGGGAAGGAUCUGCAUUGCCUUUUCCCUAUUCUUCUGUGUUAAGCCAAGCAAGGCCAAAUUAAAGGAAAUAACAGAGCGGUUCUGAAUGACCUUUGCAGGUUGCACAAACAGGAUGGGGAAGUGAAAAAUUUCUGCAAUGUCCAAAUGCAAAAUUAACUUGAUGUUUUACUAUUUUCUGCACAGCAGCUCUCCUAAGGUCAUUUACCCCCAGAUUUUUACUCCUUUUUAAGGGCCUUUGGUAAUAAAUACACUAUAGUUGUACUUAUUAAAUAACCCUCAGUAUUCACAAGCAAUAAGAAAGCCAAGUAGAGCUGUCUUUUCCAAGCAGCAGGGCUGAACUCGGUUUGGGGUCUGUACAUGAGCUACCACGUCAAGCUCACUGAAAGCCCCAAACAAAUGCAAGCAAUAAUUUCAAACACAGGUUUUAGAUGUUAAAACCCUGCGGGUAAUGUUUUCUGCAACAUGAUCCAAAGUCCCAAAAGCCACGGUAGCUAUUUUAAAUCCUUUUGAGACAUUUGCAUAGUAAGAAAGAAGGUGGCAGGCUAGACGAAAAAUGGGCAGCAGAAUUUCUGAUACCUUGGACUGUUACUGCGGUAUUCUCUCGCUCCAAGAUGCUAACGGCCUAAAUCACUUUGUCCAGCCUUGUCAGUUGAUGCAAGACAUGAUUAAUACUGAAUUAGUAAGUCACAAGUGUGGAUGCUGUGGGUUUCACAUCUGUUUUCUGCUAAUCAGAAGUAACUUUUAAUUGCCUGGGUUCUGCUUCUUGUUUGAAUCCAAUCAGAGUUGUCUGAUGCACAGAUCUGGGGGUGGGACAGGUGCCAAGAGCCUGUUUCAGUCCCUCAGUCCCAUUACCUGACCCUUCCUCCACACUCCUUCUCCACUCGGUGCAAGAUCCUUGAGGACAUGAAAACAGAGAAAUCCUGCAAUCUCCCAGUCUGACAACAGUUGUGUGAACCAUUAACCCUCUUGGAGUCGUCUUGGACCCCAACUAACCUUAUCACAUUUGCUGCUACAUUCAUAAAAUGAACUUUUUGGCUGUAUUUAUUAGCAAAAUUUAAUCUAGUUUACAGUUUGUUUUCUUUUGAGUAGUUUUUGCCCACAAAUGGAUUAGAGGUGUUGGGGUGUUUGGGUUGUGGUUGUUUUUGUGUUGGUUUUUAGUGGGUGGUUGUUGUGGUUUUUGUUUGGUUUUGUUGUUGUUGUUUUUGAGUGAAUUGUUAAAGGCACAGUAGUCCCUCUCCUGUUUUUGUUCUGGAGGUUGUUUUUUUGUGGGUUUUUGUUUUUGUUUUUUGGCAGAUGGCAUUGCAGGAAAGCCUGCUGUUAGGCCAAGCCGUGGAGGGAUUCCUCCCACACCUUUCAUCUUUUGCUGAACUGGGGGGAAAUCACUAAAGGGACACUGGCUUUUUGUUUCAGAAAAUGAUGCAGAAAGUUAAAGCAGUAGGUAAAUGAUUUAAUUAACACUUUAUGCAAUUUUGAUUUUGAGAAAAAUUUAAGUUGGUAGCUUUUUUGAUUGGCCCGAGCUCUGGUGAAAUGGCUGUUACCCUCCAUGACUUACUUGAUUCAGGCCUUUGUCCUUUGUUUAAGUGCCUUUUUUUUUUUUAUUUCCCUACCCUCUUUAAACUGUUCUCAGAGAUCCUGAAGUGCUGGAAGGCAUUUUGGAGGAAAAUCUUAAGCUUGCCAAGGUGGCUUUAUGCUGUUAUACUAUUUUUCCCUUUUGUAAAAAAAAAAAAAAAAAAAAAAAAAAAAAAAAAAAAGGAAAAAAAAAAAAGAAAAAAGUAUGUAAUGUAUGUGACUCAUAGCUGCUGUACCAUGGCGUUGGUUCUGUAUGUUUGUCCUUUCUUUUCUCUCACACCUGCACACACUCGCACACAGCAGUUUUCCUUAGGCUCCUGUCACGCACAGUGCGCCGUUCUGCUGUCUCUGUUAAUGUUUGCAUACGAAGAAUGAACACUUGGGCAAAGGUGGCAGUGCAGUAAAGGGGUGUGUGUGUGAGUGUGUAAACGUGUGUGACAGAAAGGAAGAAGCGGCCAAUGGGAAUGGAACUUCGUGCAUUUUUCUCUGAAGGUUUUAAGUUUGGGUCUUAGUUCACAAAUACAACAGACGACUUUAAAUACUGGACCACUUCACACUAUUACUGAAUUUGAAGCAAAUGUGUGGCUAACAUAACUGUAAGGAGUGGGGAAAGAAGGUUAAAAUAGCUUUCAACAAGUUUUAGUGGAGAUGAAUCGCAAGGAAUCCUGUGUACAGCUUGUCAUGUCUUUUGACACUGGAUUGUGCAAGGAUUCUUACAUUUACUAAAACCGUCCCUUCCUACCAUGUGUUAUGUGUAAGAAGGAACUUGUUACAACAUGCAAGAGUGCAACUACUCUGAAGUUUAACUUGACUGUACUUUGCAAGCUUGCCUAAAUCAUUCACAUCAAGUACUUGUCUUGUAGUUUUUCUUGCUGAGAUUUCAUUUGUUCUCUUAAAAUAACAAACAGUAAGAUCAUGUAUUGUUAGGUGCAGAACACUAAAAACAGUGUCUGCUUGUUUCCUUGUCUCUGACAAAAUUAGCAAUCUGUAGUGGAACUUCUAGUAGUUUUAAUAGUUCUGUGCUGAGGAUACAUGUAACUUACUAUUGUUGCAAACGUGUACCUGAAAUUAGCAAUUCAUUUGUUGAUCAAGUGCUAGACUUACACAAGCAUCACCAGACUGCUAGUUCUGUGAUGUGUUUCCACUGGGGAAGAUACAGUUUUGAGUUGCAGUAUGAAAAGGGUCUGUUUACCUUCUCUUUUCAGAAAAACCAGAGUGAGAAUGGCUAGAAGAGUCCUUCAUACUGAGGUUGACAGCCCAUCUAGAGAGCUAAAAGUAGGAUAUCAAAUGCAACAUGUUCCUGUGGCUGAAAACAGCCUGCUAUAUCGCGUUCAAGUGAACCUGCUUAAACUAGGCAUAGCUUUUUGUUUCUUUUCCUGUUGUUGUGGUUUUGUUUUUUUUUAAUCUCUACCAGUCUAAUGGUGCCAGUCGGAAAGAAUGCUAUUGCUGGUAGCUUGUUCAGAUGGAGUUAGAGUGCUUCCUUAUCUGCCUUAUGUAAGCUGCUGAGAGCAACUUCAGUAGUUGGCCAAAUCCACCCAUGGCAGUGAAUUGCUCCUACUUGUCUCUUCUGCUGUUAGUUCCUUUCAGGCAUGUCUGCUCUUCAUCCUAGGCUGAUUGACAGAUCAGGUAUCCACAGCUGGUGCUGCUAGUUGCAGUGCUUUUCACACGUGGCUGUUCAAAAAUCAGUGUCUGCUACUCUAGAAAUCACUGCCUAAGUUAAGUAGGCUGACUUGGCAAAAUGAAAGAUUACCAUUGCAUUGGGGAGUGCCCUGGCUGUGGAAACUUCUGGUGUGGCUUCGUUGCCCAUAUUCUGUGACCCAGUGAUAACCCUGCUGCUGUAAUAGCCUUUGGGGGCUGUGGGAAGCCCCACUGCUGCUGUGUUACGCUGAGAGAUCUCAGCAUGGCAAAACUGGGGAAGCACAAAGGUUCCCUAGGGCCAUUUUUUUUGCACACUCCUUGUAGAUGAUACUGUGCUAAUCUUGUCAGUAGUCAAGGACAUAGUUCUGUUAUUUUGUAGCCAUUUUUUUUGACAGCUAUAGUUCUACAGAGCAACUCUAGAAGAAUGACAUUUUUGUGUUUUGUAUCUAGAAGUGAAUUUCAGCCUCUCCCCUUGCCCUCAGCUCCCGCAAAUAUAAUAACCAUUAACUAACAAGUUUUUCUUCAUAGUGAAGUAAUCCAAAACAAGCAGUGCACACUAACUCCUAUCAUGCUCCAGGAUAUGCAAAUAUAUUCUAGGAACAGGUACAAUUACAUUUUGUUACUGUCCACUAUCGAGAGAAAAAGGUGAGAGAAUUGACCCAAACCAGUUGGGAGAUAACACUGCUGCAGACCAGGCCAAGCAGCUGCUGACACAGCCAGAGCUCCUUUAAGACUUCUUAGAUUUCACCGGUGGAGUAGGAGGUGGGAGAAGAAACAUUCUUGUGUUCUCAACUUUCUCCAGAUAAGGCCUUAGUUUGAUUAGUAGUCACUAAUAUCAACUAUGCAGAUAAGUAUUCAUUACAUAUUUAAGUGUUACGUGCGUUCCUUCCCCCAGCUACCCUGUUAACAUUCGUUCAAGUUUUACCCAAAGAAAAUGGAAUAUUUUUUGAAUGUCUUUAGAACUCCUUUUGUUAAAGUGAAGAAAGAAAUUUGUAUAUUAAAAAAGAAACCCUCUUGCUGGUGCAACACCUACUGUCAAGUCUCAUGAAGUUGCUUCAUGAGGGAAUCUAAAAUCACCUCUUUGACAGGUUUCAGUCUGAGAGCUUCUGGAGUAGUCAGCUCUCAAAAUUGGUUUUAAGAAGCCGUAGUGAUGUUGUUUAUUAAUGUGCAAAGUGGAUACGGGGAGAAGAUAAUGAGAUCCUGUGUUUCCUUCCACUAUCAGAAGUGAAUUAAAUCAGUUUCUCAGUUAAAUGAAGUUGUUUCUAAACAAGGGCAGGUAUGAGCUACACAGUAGCUGGAUCUUCAAAUAAAAGCAAAAUUGUGAUUCCCCCGCUAUUCCUGACUGAUCUUUUAGUCUUGUUUGUAACUACAAAUAACAGUUUAGCUCAGAGGUGAGAACUGUAGAGUGUGUAUUAUGACUGGUAAUUCCAUCAUGUAGCAAUUAGUACCAUGUUCUUGCAUAGUUCUCAAGAUCUCUGUUGAAAAUAGAUGGAGAAAUACUAUUUUUGGACUACUAUUUAAAAAAAAAUACAAAAUUCAUUACUGCUAUUUUCUCCAAAAAGUCUACUGAGCAGUUAUAUUUUAGCUGUUAAAUUAGUACCCUUGUUCUGUGAUUUGUCUUUUGUAGUCUUCUUACUGAGGGUUAAAAGCAUUUCAUGAAUAAUCCCUGAAAAUGUUGGUAUUUUCUAGCUUAAAGUCAGGUUGCUUAUAAUAAAAGGGCAUCUGUGGUUAUAACUUCUGGUGAUAUAAGAGCACGAUGUUCAGACUAUUUCAUUGAAGAUACAGGUGUGGAUGCAAGUCCCUGCAGUUCUGCCUGGUGAUGGGGCUGAAUCAGGAGCAGAGCUUUCAAAUAAAUCCCUGCCUACCCAGCUAGUGGCAGCAGGGUCCUCCCACUGACAGAAGUUUAGCCUCUACUCUUUGUUGUCACAUGUAGGAUGUGUACUUUUAGCAAGUUUAAAUAUAAUCAGCUUAACCCCACCUGACUUGCUGAUCCCCAGGUGAAUGAAGGAAGCUAUGUGAAGUCAACAGCAGAGAAAAUGGUGGGCAAAGCAUUUUCCUGCCUUUCUUGGUGUAGCUUGAAACAGUUGGUCACUUGUCUUAAAACUGGCGUUCUUCGUAGGCCUCUGCCCUAAGCAAAGUGGUGCAAGAUGGUAGACCUCUCUGAAUUGGUGAUUCCUGUGAUGUUCUACUCAGUUUAGUGUGAAUUUGCUUCGGAUCACCUUCCUGCUUUUUAAUACUUGCCUGUUUCAGAUCAUCAGGCUUAGUAUCAGAGAAUCCUCACAGCCAGGUGCUUACCUGGCUUGCUCUCCAGAGAAACUCCCCUGUGAAAUGCUUCCCUCUUGUGACCGCAAGCCUGAACAACCAAACGCAGCUACGGCUGGGUGAUUAGCACCACUUUCUUUUGGAUUUUUAGAGAGGUGUGUUCCACUAACGUCAAGGAAUACUGUAUUUUAAGUGUGUGAUUUCCUUCCUCUCUCCUUAUAAAACUGGACCUGAACACAAGUUUUGAGUUGUUGCUUUUUUUUUUUUUUUUUUUUUUUUUUUUGGUAAUAAUCUCAGGACCUGAAAGAUUGUAGCAUUUAGUGUGUCUUAAAAAUGAUGUACUGUACCAGCCAUGGAUUUUGUAAAUACACCUGUCUCCCUUUUUUGUAUUUUAAUUUUUUAAAAAUGUGUAAGGCUCUUUGUCAGAGGAACUGGUGCCUGCUUUAUUUCCAUCCUGAACUGAAGAGGGAGAAGGAAGAAGCUGCUGCCACAAAAGCCUGCAUCGUUUUCAAAUGUGUACAGCUCUGGUCAGUUCAGUGACUAUUAGUUUUUUUUGAUUGGGAAGCUGGUUUGUUCUCUUGCACAUUCCCAGCUGUGACGGGCAAAGCCCUAUCAGGGAGACUAAUUAAAUCUCUUGUGACUACUCUGUGUUUUCACUCCUUCCAGAUGCUCAGGUUUCCAUCCCUGAGACAGGUGGCAUUUUCAGAAGUCAGGGUUAUUGGUUAUUACUGGGUUAUUGGGCUUGGGCUUCUGCAAGAAGAGCUGCAGAGCGUUGCUUCUCUUAGUGCUUUGGUCCAAACAGGUAGCAGUGUUUGUGUCCUACAAGAAGCCUUGCAGGUGCCACCUGCUUCACCCAUUCCUGGAAGGAUUUUUCCCUCUUUUUUUUUUUUUUUUCCUUCUCCAUUCUGCUUUCCUGAAAGCAGAAGACUUUUUGGCAGCGGUUUUGCUCUGGGCUCCAUGUUUAGGCAGCAGGCCCUGUUCUGCAGUAGGGGCCUUACGCAGUUGGGUGUAGCUGUGCCCUGUCCUUGAUGGCGACAGGCUUUUUCAUGAGUGUUUUCUUUUUUAUCUGUUACGUGUCUGUGCUGUAUUAAAUAAAGAGGAAUGUACAUAUGA